AGAUGUGGGAAGGGAAAGGAGUCUGUCAACCGAGUCACCGCCAGUUCCGCCGGCCCCGCCUCGCGCAGAGCUGGUCCCCAGCCCCGGAGGGAGCUCCGACCGAACAGCCCCAGCCACUUCCGUCGCCGCAGUCUUGGGCCCGCCGUGGAGGACCCCGGCCCUGCUCCCUGGAGCACCUGGGGCCGCCGCCUCCCACCGACCAUGUUCCUGCAGCGCCUGACUUUUCAGCUGGUCAGGUCUCUUCCCUGGGCAGGUUGCAGUCGACCCUGGCGUGUCUCAGGGGUGCUGGGCAGCCAUGCCUGCCAGCCACCAUACACCUUGCAACCCACUGGCCAAAGUAGGGCUGUAUCCCUUCCUGGCAAGGGGGCCCAGUUGGAGCUUGAGGAGUUGCUGGUCCCCAGAAGGAUGGCCAUCAGCCCUCUGGAGAGCUGGCUGACUGCCCGCUACCUCUUGCCCAGACUGGAUGCUGGGGUUCCAGUGUCUGCUGCUCCAACCCAGCCCUUCCAGUGUCCACCCAGUCAGGUGGAGGGGGGUGCUACGCAGGAGCACGAGGAAAUCUGGGAUGCCCCUCACAUGCAGUGUAAAAAUGUGCUGAAGAUCCGCCGGCGAAAGAUGAACCACCACAAGUACCGCAAGCUGGUCAAGAGAACCCGGUUCCUGCGGCGGAGGGUCCGGGAAGGACGCCUGAAAAGGAAACAGAUCAAGUUCGAGAGAGACCUGAGGCGCGUCUGGCUGAAGGCAGGCCUGAAGGAGGCCCCCGAGGGCUGGCAGACCCCCAAGAUCUACGUGAAGAAUAAAUGAGACUGGGAGCCUUUCUCCCCUGCCCCCCAUGUUGCUGCACGUGACCUUUGUAAUAAAUGUUGGGAGGACUCCACUGUC